GUCCUGAUCAUCUUUUCUAGGUUCCAGAGAUUUCCAAACCUUCUUCAUCCACGGCAUAUAGAACAGCAGUAUGAGGCUUGAGAACCAGAGCAGAGUGUUUGAGUUCCUCCUCCUGGGGCUCCCCAUUCCACCAGAGCAGCAGGGCAUGUUCUUUGCCCUAUUCCUGGGCAUGUACCUGAUCACAGUGCUGGGGAACUUGCUCAUCAUCCUGCUUAUCAGGCUGGACUCUCACCUCCACAACCCCAUGUACUUCUUCCUUAACCACUUGGCCUUCUCUGACAUUUCCCUUUCAUCAGUCACAGUUCCAAAGAUGCUCAUGAACAUGCAGACUCAGCAACAAUCCAUCCCCUAUGUGGGGUGCAUUUCUCAGAUGUGUUUUUUCUUAGUUUUUGCUUGUCUUGACCAUUUCCUUCUUGCAGUGAUGGCAUAUGACAGGUAUGUGGCCAUCUGUCAGCCACUCCAUUACACAAUUGUUAUGAGGCGAGAGCUGUGUGUCUCAUUAAUAACUGGGUCCUGGUUCUUUUCUUGUGCACAAGCCUUGUUGCACACCCUCCUUUUGGUCCAACUUUCCUUCUGUGCUUACAAUACCAUCCCCCACUUGUUCUGUGACCUCACUGCACUCCUGAAGAUGAGCUGCUCUGACAUCUCCCUCAAUGAGCUGGUCAUCUUCACCAAAGGAGGAAUGCUUUUCUUCUUGCUUUUGAGUAGUAUCUUGGGCUCUUAUAUCUGUAUAGGGACCACAAUCCUGAAGGUCCCCUCCACCAAGAGACUCUUUAAAGCCUUUUCUACCUGUGGCUCCCAUCUCUUUGUUGUGACUUUAUAUUAUGGGACACUUGGAGGUGUUUACUUUUUCUCCUCAUGUUGGGGCUCCAAUGACAAAGACAUAAUUGCUUCAGUCCUGUAUGCAGUGGUUGCCCCCAUGCUCAACCCCUUCAUAUAUAGCCUAAGGAACAGAGAUAUAAAACAGGCACUAGAAAUAUUUGUCAACAGGCUAACUUUUUAA